AUGCGACGUAAAUUAGCAUUUCGUUCUAAUGUAUGGGAUCCUCUUCUCAUCAUCCCACAGAUUAUUGCACUUCAAGCCUUAUAUUAUACUUCUAUAUCUAUUAUAGUUCUCUUUACAUUAUUAAUAACGGGGAAUGAUAUUACAUUAGACCAUCUGUUAGACUAUCGAGAGUUUCGUGGGGACACGGUGCUUGGGUGGACAUUGGGUUUCGCAUGGAUCUCAAAUUCAGUUGUCGGAAUAUAUUUACUGAUACGAGUAGUUCAACGAGCAAAACUCGUAUUAGACUUCACCAUAACACUACACUUUUUCCACCUAAUAAUCACGAGUUACUAUUCAGGUCAUAUACCGACAACAUUUGUCUGGUGGGCAAUAAACGUGACCACGUGUUGUAUAAUGAUAUUUGGCGGUGAAUUGUAUUGUAUGCGAAAAGAGAUGGAACCGAUUAUUACUGCUCCGAUAAAGAAUAAAAAGAGUGCUGAAGUGGAUCGAGAUCGAUAUGAAAUGGUCCCGAUGGAAGAAAUUGAAGUUGGUGGUUGA